AUAUGUGACCAAAAAAAAUUCCAACUCUCACAUAUGAAUCAAAACUAUAAACUUUGAUGAAAUUUUAUGGAUCAUAGCCUACCUAAGCAAGUCCCUCCCCAAUGGGUGUACUUGCACACCACAUUCAGAUACCACUUUCAAACUCACAUUGCCAACUGUACACAACAUAAACUCUCCUGACUCAGCUUACCCGCAGAGACACUGUCACACAACUCCGACAAUAACAUAAACAAAAACAAUGAUGUUCUUCCAUUUCCUUAAACAUUGUCCAUGCAUGUUUACGUUCCUGAUAUUUACACUGUUCUACACUUCAACAGAAGCUUAUGAUCCACUUGACCCAAAUGGGAAUAUCACAAUAAAAUGGGAUAUCAUAAGCUGGACAGCUGAUGGUUAUGUUGCCACCGUUACGAUGAACAACUUCCAACAGUAUCGUCAUAUAUCGUCACCUGGAUGGUCAUUAGGAUGGACAUGGGCAAAGAAAGAGGUAAUAUGGAACAUGGUAGGAAGUCAGACAACUGAACAAGGAGAUUGUUCGAAAUUUAAAGGAAACAUCCCGCAUUGCUGUAAAAAAGAUCCAACGGUCGUAGAUUUACUUCCCGGAACACCCUACAAUCAACAAACUGCAAAUUGUUGCAAAGGUGGAGUACUCAGCUCAUGGGCACAGGAUCCAACAAAUGCAGUUGCGUCAUUUCAGGUUAUUGUUGGUAGAGCUGGCACGACCAAUAAAACUGUCAAACUGCCGCAAAAUUUCACCCUGAAAGCACCUGGACCAGGUUAUACAUGUGGACGAGCAAAAACUGGGACACCUACUAAAUUUACAACACCAGACAAAAGGAGAGUGACUCAAGCACUUAUGACAUGGAAUGUGACAUGCACAUAUUCACAAUUUUUAGCUCAACAAACUCCAACUUGUUGUGUUGCCCUCUCAUCAUUCUACAAUGAUACUAUUGUACCCUGCCCGACAUGUUCAUGCGGCUGCCAAGGCAACUCACCUCAAUCAGGAAGCUGUAUAGAUCCAAGUGCGUCGCAUUUGGCAUCGGUCGUUAAUGGCUUUCCGAAAAAUAGUAUUACGCCUUUGGUUCAAUGUACUAGUCAUAUGUGUCCUAUCCGAGUUCACUGGCACAUUAAGCUUAACUACAAGGAGUAUUGGCGCGUAAAGGUUACUGUUACUAACUUCAAUUACAGGAUGAAUUACUCAGAUUGGAACUUGGUUGUUCAACAUCCAAACUUUGACAAUCUGACUCAACUUUUCAGUUUCAACUCAAAACCAAUAACUCCUUACGGGUCGAUAAAUGAUACAGCAAUGCUUUGGGGAGUUAAAUUCUACAAUGAUUUACUCAUGCAAGCUGGUCCUAUUGGUAAUGUACAAUCAGAGCUACUUUUCCGAAAGGAUUCAAAUUUUAAUUUCGAUAAAGGUUGGGCUUUUCCCCGAAGGAUCUAUUUCAACGGCGACAACUGUGUGAUGCCACCACCUGAUGCUUAUCCAUGGUUGCCUAAUGCUGGUUCCAAACAAAAGGUUUCCUUCCUUGCUUUGGUGAUGGCUUCGUUGGUAGCCUUGGUACUUCAUGCAUAUUCUUAAUGUUUGGAUCCGUGGUACGCACAAUUCUGCCAUCUAAAAUUUGCGUUCGUACAAGUUUUGACUUGAUUUUGGGAUACCAUUUUGGAAUUCAAACCAAACCAAAGUAUAGCAUCCAUGGACAAUUCAAGAAUAGCACAUUCUCCCUAUGAUUUGUUACUUAGUUUCAGCAUAUCGGUUGAAUUUGCUACUUCAUUGCUAGUUCUGUUUCCUGUGUAAUGAUGUAUUUAUUGGUUUUACAUUCUUAUUGUAUUUUGUGCUGUAAUUAGAAGAAACACAAACAGAAUAUCAUCCUCAAUGUUAAACAUGAUUUAUGAUAGGAUAUGGCGUUAUGCGUUGUUUGAUCCA